UAUAUAAACCCCCUCCACCUAACCUGUCCGACGCAAUGCCUCGCUCUCUCAAUUCGGAUAUCGGAUCCCAAACCAAACCCUAAUUUCAUCUCCGCGGCAAUGACUGGACGCGGCAAGGGAGGCAAGGGGCUAGGCAAGGGAGGAGCCAAGAGGCACAGAAAGGUGCUGAGGGACAACAUCCAGGGUAUCACCAAGCCCGCCAUCCGCCGUCUGGCUCGCCGUGGCGGCGUCAAGCGUAUCAGCGGCCUCAUCUACGAGGAGACCCGCGGAGUGCUCAAGAUCUUCUUGGAGAAUGUGAUCCGGGAUGCCGUGACUUACACCGAGCACGCCCGGAGGAAGACGACGGCGAUGGACGUUGUCUAUGCGCUCAAGAGGCAGGGCAGGACUCUGUACGGGUUCGGGGGUUAGGUUGUUGGGUAUCGGAUUGGGGAUUCAUGUAAAUUGGUCGGUUGGUGUGGUGGUUGGGUAGAUUUAGUUAACCAAUUUCUAAAAUUUAAUGUUUUUUAGUUUGGAUUUUAAUGGAACAUGAAUCUAUUUUCAGUCCA